AUGGCGCCCCAGGAACAGACACCGAACAUGCUGCAACUGAUCCAGAUGAACAAGAGCAUUACGGAAACACAGUCUGCCAUUGCCGCGGCGCAGAUCAACAUGGCAGAGACGCAGGGCAAAAUUGCAGAGACGCAGAGCAAAAUGGCCGAGACUCAGAACACCAUUGCCGCCACGCAGCAGUCAAUGCUCGCCACACUUGGCAGCCCAAAGCCGGAGAAGCAAGCGGCCAUCUGGACGACGGCAUUCCUUUCGGGCGUGACAUGCGAGGUUCUUUGGUACAAGAUCAGCGCAUGGGAACUCAAAUAA